GGGUCUAAAUCUGAGCCGGAUUGGAUCUCGACCAGUAAACCGCAAGACUUGUGACGAACGAACGAACGUACGAAUUGAGGAUGGAAACAUUUCUUUGUCCCGUGUGGAGUGAUAUCCUGUGUACUUUUGACUUGUUGGUUUUCCAUGUCGACUCGAACAAGUUUUGACUCAUAGACAUGUGACAGAUUCGAGAUCUAACCAGGUCGGCCUUGUUAUUGGAGGGGGAUCGAAACUCAAUUAGUUAUCGAUUAGUUAGUGGAAGUGUUGGCAAGUCGGAGGGACGGCCUCUCUCCAAACUUGGUUUAUUUUCCUCAAGCAAUAAUUCAUUGUUAUGCCGUGAACAAUGCCAAGAAUAUAUUUAUUUACAAUACAAUCUUCUUAUGUGAGAGAUAGAUAAACGAGAACGGUUCCUAUUGUGCAGCCGUUUUCAUAUUAUUUUCAUCAUCUUCAACAAACCAAUUCAGUCCGACGACGACGUCACUCAUUUCCGGGAGGACAGAGCAGGACACACGCUCCAUUGAGUUGUCCUUGUUAACUUGUCUAUCUCGAAAUUUCAGUCCGGUCCACCUUUUCUCUGCCUCACGCCAGAAUACCUCGCAAAGUGUCGUCAUCAUUAUUACGAGAGAAAUAUGCCUUUCACGCCAAAAGUCAAUUCUUUCCCCAUCAAGGAACAUAAUACUAUCCAUCAAGGGAAAGUAUGCCAUAGUUUUGAAUCUUGGUUUAACGUGGGAUUUUUUUUUCUGAAGGCGCAAAAAAAUACGGUCGGGCCAGACUUUCGUAUAUAUGCAGACUGCACAUUAUGUUAAGUCUAUAUCUCCCCUUGAAGGGUGACUUUCUCCCGAAAAAUCACCUAUUUCGGAGGAUAUUGCCUCUUCACGGUGAUAGUGAUGACGGAAUAAGAAGAGUCAAGGAGGACAAGACAAAAAAACGAAGAAAUUGUGUUGUGAAGGCAUGUUGUCUGGUCCAGUGGAGUGAAUGGCUUGCCUCGCACUAUAACUGACUGAAUCUCGAAAUAUCUAGGAGCCCAACUACUACUACCAAAAAUGGUGAAAGUGGUCGUUUCCACUCGGCAAACUUCUCUACUAGUGAAAUGCUCAUCUUUUCAAUAAAAGUGGUCGAGUUCUGGAGAAGAGAGAGGAGUGAGUUUUGGGUCUGCUGGGUUUUGCCUACCCACCUUGGUUUUCGUCCUACUACUUCUUGCAGGUUUUAUCUCUGGAGAAAGCCAGUCUCCCUCGAACCACCACCAGCCAAGUUCCCAAAGAGGAAAUCACCAAGCUCUCUCUACGACUUGUUCAACUUGUCCCAUUUUGCUCGAGCUCUGGUCGUGGGGGAAAUGAACGUAUUGAAGAAUCUCAUCCCGUGGUAGGAAGGCCGACCGACCGACAUAUCGUCUCAUGUCGUUCAAGAGUAGUGGAGUUUUAGAACAGUGGUUUUCCUAGCUGCUGCUUGGCUUGGCUAAGUGGACCACGUCCAAUAAUACGGGGAAAGUUUGUUUGUGUCUUGUCCUCUUGUCUCUUGGCACGAAGUUGAGCUUGGACAAAUAUCAGAACAUUUCUCGAGUUCUCGAGGACAAGAGGAGGAAGACCUGUCGUCUCGUGAGGUUAAGCCGUAUCGACACGGAGAUAUAUACUUAUCUACAAGUAAGUACUGUCAACCAAGCAACCACGGUAGCGUGAGACGACAACGACGUGUUGUGGUGGUGAAAGUGGUGGUAUUUUUUUCUUUCCUGGGCGAGGAAAAAGUGAGAGAAUUUUUGCUACCACCCGUCAUCGGAAGUGAGACUGGUUCGUGCUCCCGAUAUUUAUCAGCAGGCAGGCAAGCCAAUUAUCACAAGCGAGCGUGUACGUCUGGCAAGCAAAAUCUGUACAAGAAAACUGCGAAACGGUCAUCAUCGCCUAACCAAAAUUGAAUUUAAUGCCGGCCAAAGUGCUGUUUUGUUGUUAAGAUAAGUGUCGUCUUUCCCACUUGAGGAAGAAAGAUUACGAAAUCCUUUAUGACACUCGCCCCUCGACGACAACGACGUUGAAUUACGGGUCCCCGGGCAGCAUAAUAAAAGUGUCCACGCCACCGCAAUUACUUUUCCUCCCAGAACUAUACCUACAUAAUAACAUCAGCCAGCCUUCCCAGCACCCUGCCCACUUUGACAUCAAAUUUGAGACGAGAAAAUCCAUCUCAAAAGUUACCACCACCGAGCGACACGACGAGUGGUGAAAAGAGGUGACGUAACUCUUCAAAUUUUGUGGUUUUCUGCUGCUGCUUUUACGGACUCAUUCAAAUUCUAAUUGGCUAUUAACUCUGUCUCGGAAAGUGUCAAGCUGGCUGGUAGUCGGGAGGAGGGGGGUAAGAGAGAGACUGACUGAGAAAUAUGGGGGCACACACACACAUGCAGCACUUCUCCGAACAAUGACAAUCUUGACAGGCAACAAGUUAUUUAAUAAAGUGAGGCAAAUAACGGGGACGACGAGAGACAAAGUGGGGGUGAUUAGAGGUGGUAGGUGGGUGUCAAGUCGUGUUAGCUUUCUUAUCCAAUCCACUCACUUCCCCCAGCGAGGAUAAGGUAAUAAUGGCUCCUCGUAAUGGGAUCUCUACUUGUCUGGAUUGAUUAACCGGAAUAGACGUCUCACUUAGGAGAGAGAAAUCCGCAACAAGAAAUCGUCUCAAAUUUUCCCCACUCUAACCAGAUUUUGACUCUUUCAAUCAAGGCGAAAUGGAGGCUUUUACUUAUUAAGUUGUCGGGCGAACUGAUUUACCCGAAAAUUUAUGACACGGUCGAGAUUGUUCGUUGUAUAUAUUGUACUUAAGAAAUAAUACUGCAGAAAAUAAUGUGCUGUCGGUGCUGUACGACGUUGAAGGUUGCGGGAACUUGGGGGGCUUCCAUACACAUUAGCGUGGGGUUGCUGCUGCUAAUUGUGUACUUCGUGAUUGAUGAGGAUUUGGGCGACUUUGAAAUUCCCUACCUCGUCUACAUCGGGCUUCUCGUCCCCCUCGGGGUCAUAAUUCUACUCUCUGUUUACAAGGAAAUUGACUGGCUCAUCCGCGGAGUGACUUGGUUGUUCAUCCUGACUCAAAUCUUCGGCUUUGGCGUUCGUAUCCUAGUUCCGGCACAGACGACGAGUUGGACCAUCUUGCAAAGAAUUGCGGCCCUUUUCACGGGAAUUUUAUCAUCCGCGAUCUACUCAGCGAUUCUUAUCUUAUUCGCGAGAAAGUUGAGGAAGGCGAAGAAAGCGGCUGCCCUCGCGGCGGCUGAUGCGGCUGCUGCAGCGGAAGAGGAAAUGAUGGGUGGCGAUGGCGAAGGGGACGAUGGCGAUGAUGUCGACGGUAUUGCGCCAGGACCGAGUAGGGGAGGAUCCGCAAUUGAGCAGGAUCGCAGAAAUGUGGUGGAUAGUUAAGAAGUGAUUAUGGAAAAGUGAUGGAGUGAGUUUGAAUGAAAUUUUAACCCUGUUUAUACACUGUGUAUGCUAUACAAACAUGUCAUUAUGUAAAUGUUAUGAAUAAUAAAUAAAGAUAAAUAUGUAUGUGUACUGAUCACUGA